GCGAUUAAUUAAAUAAUUUUCAUUAAUAACAUAAAUCAUCUUUAUAUUUUUAGCAUUCAUAAAAUGCCAAGAAAAUGUUCGACAAGUCAUCCUGGCACUAGAAAAUAUGGCACUAAAUCUAAUUACACCAAUUCUACACUUCAAGAGGCUUUAGCCAAAAUUAAAUUAGAAAAAAUGUUGAUUGGUGAAGCUUCUAAAAUUUAUAAAGUACCUAAAGCAACAUUAUUUUAUAAGCUAAAAAAUAAACACUGUAAAUCAGUAGGGCGCCCUAUUGCCCUUAGCAUUGAUGAAGAACUUUGUUUUGAAAAUCACUUACUUUAUUUAAGUGACAAAGGUAUACCAAUUGGAAUUAAUGAUUUUAAAAGUAUUGUCAAAAUCUAUUUGGAUGAUAGUGGAAAAAAUAUACAACAGUUUAAAGAUAACCGACCAGGUUGGGAGUGGUGUAAACUUUAUCUUGACAGGCAUCCAUCAUUAAAAGAAAAAGUAUCUCAUUGUAUUUCAAGGAAACGUGCACAGAUUAAUUUUUGUCAAAUAAAAUUAUUUUUUCAAAAUCUAGGGAAGGAAUUAAAUGGAGUAACGCCAGAUAACAUUUACAAUAUGGAUGAAACAGGGUUUCAUGAUGACCCUGGAAAAAAAAAACUUAUUUUUCGUCGAUCCUCUCGCCAUCCAGAACUUAUAAGAAACACAACAAAAACUUGUUACACUGUUGUUUUUUGUGGAAAUGCCUCAGGAAAACUAAUUCCACCAUUUUUCAUUUUUAAAGGAAAACACAGUUGGUCUGACUGGCUUUUCAAUGCACCAGAAGGAUCAAGAAUGGCAACUUCUUGCAGUGAUAUAACAUUUAUAUGUUUGGUACCCAAUUCCACACACCUUUUACAACCUUUAGAUGUUGGAUAUUUCUCGAGUUUAAAAGCUAAUUGGAGGUCAGUUUUUAAUCAAUGGCGUAAAACAUCCAGAGGAAAAAAGGUUAAUAAUCUGCCAAAAAAUUUAUUUACGCAGCUCAUUAAAUCUACUCUUAAUGUUGGUAAAGAAAAUCUAGAACAUAGUCUCCAAGCAGGAUUUAAGGCUACUGGCAUAUAUCCAUUUUUACCAGAACAUGUUCUCUCCAAAUUACCCAGUUUUACAAAUAUAGAUAUUCAACUCAAUAUUGGAGAAUCGUUUAGGAAUUAUGUUGAUGAUAUUCAUCUUAAUUAAGAAGUAAGCAACAAAUUUAAGUUACCAAUAACAGCAGGGAAAAGUGUAUCAGCCACUGAGGUAGAAGCAUACUAUAAGGAAAGAGACAAUAAAAAAAAAAGUCAAGAUAAUAUUCGAGCAAAGAAAAGAGGAAGACCACUUGGAU